CCUGCCAGCUGCGAGCUUCCCGGUGUUGACAAUAACCGGUUGUUGGUCUAAAACCUGCAGGUGAGCUAUGAAGACCUUGUAGGAGGAGGGAUUCAACCUGUAAGUAAUGAGUGCAAGAUGAUGCAGUGGGAAUAGACCUUGAGGAAUCUAGACAGUGAAGACAGCUUCCCCACCUCUGCUGCGUACAGAUGCUGUGAGAGGAAUGACCCGUUUUUAUUUUUCUCCCUAAAGAAAAUAAGUAACAGAUGCGGGUGAAAGAUCCAUCAAGAGCUAACCCUGAGAAAACAAAGAGAAACAAAAGGCCUAAUAGGCCACAGGAUGAAGACUCUUCAGAUGAUAUUGCAGGCUUAACCUGCCAGCAUGUGAGCCAAGCAGUGGAUGUGCAUCAUGUGAAGAGAGCGGUAGCUCAGAACGUGUGGUCAAUAUGUUCAGAAUGUCUGAAGGAGAGACGGAUGAGUGAUGGUGAGCCCGUGGCACCUUCGGACAUAUGGCUGUGUCUCAAAUGCGGCUCUCAGGGAUGUAGUAAGAACUCUGAAGGCCAGCAUUCCCUAAAACACUUCCAAACAGCGCGCACAGAACCUCACUGCAUUGUUAUCAGUCUCAGCACAUGGAUCAUAUGGUGUUAUGAAUGUGAUGAAGAGCUGUCAACACAUUGCAACAAAAAGGUUUUGGCUCAGAUAGUUGAUUUUCUUCAAAAACAUGGUUCCAGGGCUGAACCAAGUUCAUCAAAAAUUAUCCGACUCCGUGAAGAAAAUACCGAAACAAGUGAAAUACUGAAAGGAAAAGGUUCUGGUAAUGGUGCAUCAGUUCCAGUUAAAGGAAUAAAUAAUUUAGGGAAUACGUGCUUCUUUAAUGCUGUCAUGCAGAACUUGGCACAGACUCACAUACUAAAUGAACUGAUGUAUGAGAUGAAGGAAAAAGGAACAAAGCUAAAAAUCUGUCAUACUUCAGACUCCCAAUUGGACCCUUUGGUGGUAAACCUCUCCAGCCCAGGACCCUUGACUUCAGCCAUGUUCUUGUUCCUUCACAGCAUGAAGGAGGCUGGAAAAGGCCCUCUUUCUCCCAAAGUACUGUUCAGCCAGCUUUGUCAAAAGGCUCCUCGAUUUAAGGGGUUCCAGCAACAGGACAGCCAGGAGCUUCUGCACUAUUUGUUGGAUGCAAUGAGGAUUGAAGAAACAAAGCGUAUACAAACUGGUAUCUUAAAAGCCUUUAAUAAUCCAACUACUAAGACAGCCGAUGAAGAAACUAGACGAAAAGUCAAAGCAUAUGGAAGAGAGGGUGUGAAGAUGAACUUCAUAGAUAGGAUCUUUGUUGGUGAAUUGACUAGCACUGUCAUGUGUGAGGAAUGUGAAAAUAUUUCCACAGUAAAAGAACCUUUCAUUGAUCUUUCACUUCCUAUAAUAGAGGAGAGGGUUGCAAAACCUGUGCCUUUGGGAAGGACAAGUAAAGGUAAAAGCGUACAAGAAGCAGAUCUUGGUCAGUAUAACUGUUCUUCUGUCACUACCCUGAAUAAUCAACAGAAAAUUGUCAAGAAACACCCUUUAACAAAAGAUAAGAAUCAAUUGAACCAGGAGAGAAGGCUUGCCAGAAAAGCUUCCUCUAAUGAAGAAGAAAGAAGUCCUGUUAUCAUGCAGGAAAAAACCAGAAAGCUGGAGUCGGAAGGCAGCUCUGGCAUUUUGUACUCCAAAGACACAGUUGCUGAAUCUGCUGUAAAUGGGAGUCAGACUGACGGCAGUGAGAAGGAAGCCAGUCGUUCUGAAAGCAGCUUUGAUGCAGACAGUGAAGCCUCAGAAAGCGAAAGUGCUUCUAAGCAAAGAGUUUUUAGCUCCUCCAGCAAUGUGUCUGGUUUGCACGUUAACCACAGAAAUGUUAAAAUGCCACACAACAAACUAAGCGACAGUAACGAUGAGAUGAUUUCCAGUGCCAUAUCCAAACUCAGCUUCUGUGAUACUAUAAAUGAAGAUGAAAAGCCUAGCCAUGGUGACCCAGCAUUAAGUUUAAAAAAUAAUUCUGCGUUCUCAGUGGAAAAAGCCCCUUUAUCCCCAAACCCUCAAAACGCUUUUCAGACGCUUUCCCAGAGUUACGUAACUAGCUCCAAAGAAUGUUCUGUCCAGUCCUGCCUUUACCAGUUUACCUCUGUAGAGCUCUUGAUGGGGAACAACAAACUUUUAUGUGAGAGCUGCACAGAAAGGAAACAGAAGUAUCAGAAGAAAGCCAACUCCACAGACAAGAAAACGGAAGGUGUUUAUACAAACGCUCGGAAACAGCUGCUGAUUUCUUCAGUUCCUGCUAUUCUUAUUCUCCAUCUGAAAAGAUUCCACCAGGCUGGUUUGAGUCUACGGAAAGUAAACAGGCAUGUGGAUUUCCCACUGGUUUUAGACUUGGCACCAUUUUGUUCUGCGUCUUGCAAGAAUGUUACAGAUGGUGCAAGAGUGCUAUAUAGUCUCUACGGAAUAGUGGAGCACAGCGGGUCAAUGAGAGGUGGUCAUUAUGCAGCAUAUGUCAAAGUCAGGACACCCUCCAAGAAACUGCUGGAGCAUAUUUCUGCAACUAAAAAUGUUCUAGGUUUGAAAGAAGCUGUGGGAGCAUCGGCAGGACAGUGGGUAUAUGUUAGUGAUGCUCAUGUUCAGAUGGUUCCAGAAUCACGAGUACUGAAUGCACAAGCGUAUCUGCUUUUUUAUGAAAGAAUAUUAUAAUUUUCACCAGUUUAAAUUAAAAAGGUAGUGGUUAUUUAGACUAUCUUAUUUAAAUGCUGCAGUGGUAACAGAACCUGUAAAUAUUGUGCCUUUAUCUUGUAGAGAAUUUAUCAUAUGUUGACUCUGAAGUUCAGUCAAGCUAUUAUGAAUAUCUGAAUGGUUCUUUUAAAAUAAUGCACUUUGCCAAACAUUUAAAAUUCCUGGACUCAUUAAAAUACAAUGCAGUUAGGAUGUGAGAUGAUGUCCUAUCCUAGUGAAGUCAGUGGAAAGUUUGUUCUCAAUUUUGAUGAAGAUAAGCUUUCACCCAUAGUUCUAGAGCAGUAAAGAAUAAAAAUACUGAUAGUGUUAAGUGCCUGGAUUUCCCAGUGUACAGUAACAAUAUAAAGUAUUUCAUAAUCUUUGGGUUUUAGUCCAGACCCUUCCCAUCACUGGGCUGGGUGUCCUCUGUUAAGAUUUCUGCAAAUAAGAAUGUGUCAAAGCACAUUGCUUCCAGAUGUAACUAAUGGAAAGCAGUGCUUCCAAAAUGCAGUUACACCAGAUGUCUCUGGGUAAUGCUGCAGUGUAAUUUCCUGAUAUGUUGUUGGGAAAAGAUUGGGAAAGUAUAGCUUCUGCAGCGUGACAAUGGAUCCUCAGAUACCCGACGCCCUCUGAGCUGUCUUCAACUGACACUAGUUGAAGUAGCUGAAACUAGUAGUUUACUCCUGUUUUAGUAUAAAUAUAUACUACUGUGGUGUGCAUGUAUAUACUCUCUGGGAUAUAUACAUAUCUCUCUCUCUACAGAGAGAGAUACAUACAUACACACUUAUAUAUGCACACCAUAAAUCCAUCAAUAUAUAUUGUCAUUUUACCUAUUACAAUAGAAGAAUUGCAAAUACUUCUAUAUUUAGUAAAUUUUCACAUUUAUAUUAUGAUACAUGUACAGCAUAUAGUAAGCUUGUGUAGGAAUAUGUAUGGAGCUUACAAGUAUAUCUGGGUAAUUCUGUUACUUUUGGUUCUAAACAUGGAUUUGUUUAUCCGUUCCUGAAUACUUUUCUCACAAGAGUAAUAAAAUGUGAAUUAUUUUUGCACUGUG